AGUUUCCUAGUUCGGACAAGUGUAUGAACGCAGCAAUAACCACGGAUCGGGGAAUUUUAACGUAGUCUACUGUCAACCUCAACAAGAGGAAAUUGUAUUUUGGACACGAAGUUAGCUAGUUAAUGUCAAAUUGAUUAAUUUGUAAGUUGAGUGAAAUGUCUUUGCUCAAAUUUUAACCAGAUUGGUUCGGUGAAUUUCAUAAUCACCAGCUAGCUAACUAGCUAGUUGCUAAUGCUAGCUAGUUAGCAACCUCUGCCGAGUACGGAAACAUCAGACAGACUCUGGGACAGGUUGUUGACAGAGCUAAAGUGUGGUGGAAAUCAGUGUCAAGCCUAUUAGGCCUAACUUCACAAGGGUUGUGUGUGAGAGACCUCCAAUAUUAACAUUCCAAUGCCUCUGCUAUUCCUGGAGAGGUUUCCCUGGCCCAGUCUGCAGACCUACACAGCGCUGAGUGUGGUUCUGCUGGCUGGAAGCAUCUUCAGCGCCUACACUACUGUGACUGAACAGGGGUUUGGGGUUCCAGACAUGGACGAGCCUCCACCACCUGCACCCUUAGAAGGGGAUAAUAGAGGCGGCCUAGGCCUAGAACAUGUGACUAGCAAUGAUGUUGUGGGUGCAGAUACAGAAUUGGCGACCACUGUUAUGUGGUACCUGGUCACUGACAGUCUCUUUGUAUGGGUGUUGGUGAAUACAGCUUGCUGUUCUCUGAUGUUAAUUGCUAAGAUGAUCCAGUACAUGGUUUUUGGGCCCCUCCGAGUCAGUGAGAAGCAGCACCUUAAGGACAAGUUCUGGAACUUCAUCUUCUAUAAGUUCAUCUUUAUCUUCGGGGUGCUGAACGUUCAGAUGGUGGAAGAGGUGGUCAUGUGGUGUCUGUGGUUCUCUGCCCUGGUCUUCCUCCACCUCAUGGUCCAGCUGUGCAAGGACCGCUUUGAAUACCUGUCCUUCUCCCCCACUACUUCUAUGAACAGCCAUGUGCGUGUCCUUACCCUACUGGUGUCCCUGCUGCUGGGCUGCUGUGGUCUUGCUGUGGUCUGUGGUCUGCUGGGCGCUGCACAUGGCAUGCACACCCUCUCCUUCAUGGCUGCCGAGUGUCUGCUGGUCACUGUGCGGACUGGACAUGUCAUCAUGAGGUACACCAUUCACCUGUGGGAUCUGAACCACCCAGGCACCUGGGAGAGUAAGGGCUCCUACGUCUACUACACUGACUUCAUCAUGGAGCUGUCUAUGCUGUCCCUGGACCUUAUGCACCACAUCCACAUGCUGCUCUUUGGUAAUAUCUGGCUGUCCAUGGCCAGUCUGGUGAUCUUCAUGCAGCUGAGGUAUCUGUUCCAUGAGGUGCAGCGCCGCAUCCGACGCCACAAGAACUACCUCCGUGUCAUCAACAACAUGGAGGCCAGGUUUGCAGUGGCCACAGCCGAGGAACUGGUAGCCAACAAUGAUGACUGUGCCAUCUGCUGGGACACCAUGCAGACAGCACGUAAACUGCCCUGCGGACACCUCUUCCACAAUUCCUGCCUGCGGUCGUGGCUGGAGCAGGACACGUCGUGUCCAACAUGCAGGAUGUCCCUGAACAUCAGUGGUGAUGGAGGCCCGGCCAGAGGCCAGCAGCAGGGGGCUGGCCUCCCACUGGAGAACAACCUGGGCCCUGGGGGCCCCGCUGCAGACGCCAGACCACACCUCAACCAACACAAUCACUUCUUCCACUUUGAUGGCUCCCGCAUCGCCAGCUGGCUGCCUAGUUUCUCAGUAGAGGUGAUGCACACCACUAACAUCCUGGCUAUCGCUCAGCAGGCCAACAACUCUCAGCUCAACACCAUGGCCCAUCAGAUCCAGGAGAUGUUUCCUCAGGUUCCCUACCACUUGGUGCUGCAGGACCUGCAGUUGACCCGCUCUGUGGAGGUCACCACCGACAACAUCCUGGAGGGACGCAUCGUGGUGCCCUUCCCUGCUCUGGCGGCUGAGCGUUCCCCCGUGCAGGUGAACCCAGGCCCAGAGGGGGCAGGAGCCAGUGGGGGGGUGGAGACUGCUCCCAGCGAGCUGAACAACCUGGAGGUCAGAGGGAGCCGUUUCUCCAAGUCUGCAGAGGAGAGACAGAAGAUGCUGCUGCAGAGGAAGGAUGAGCUGUUGCAACAGGCACGCAGGAGAUACUUGAGAAAGAGCCCAGAGGACGAGGAGGACCUGCCCACUCUGGAGGAAGACGCCCCUGUCUCAGACGUGACCAUGCUGAGACGCAGGACCAUGGCAGCAGCUGCAGAGAGACGCAUGCAGAGCCAACCAGACCCUGCUCCCUGAGACUAUACUGGACUGUAAACUCCCACCUAGACAGUCUCACCUCGAACCCACACCUAAUGCCCUUGGAGUGUCCACAAACUCCUCACGUCCCACCUAAGAGGCACCUCCACCGAAAGAGCUCUCUACGUUAUAUGAUCAAUGGAAUUACCUAAAUAAAAGCAUUACAUUACAAAGUGUUACAAGAAGCAUGGGCUUUGGCUGCACAUGGCACAGGGGCUCUGCUGUUUUAGGCUGCCCUAGUGAGAUAUGAGAACUGGGCCUUGGGAAUGGUACCAGCCUCCCCUGAACUUUCACCAGGCACCAGAGGCUUAAUUGGACAUGGAUCACCAGCGUUUUAAAGGAGUGGUGGGUGUCUGUCUGUUGAGUUUCUGAAGUGCACCGUAAAACGCCACCUCGCACACCUGUCAUCACAUAGCUCUAGCCCCCAGCUUCACUAGACUUACCUGUCAUUCUCUUUACUGGCCAUGAUUGAGAAGGAAAGAGCAUGGUGUCACAGUCCGAGGAUGCUGCUGAGGUUAGUUAGGGUUUGUUAAGGUGCUGUUGCUACAUACAGCUUAUAGUGUAAUGGAGUGGGACAUAGUUUGUAUUGGUUUUAUUCAACAACAAAAAUAUUUGUGUUGUAAUGGGCUGAGAUUGAUAUUGAUAUCAUGGGUUGGGUUGAUAACAAACUGAUGUUAUUUUAUAAAAAUGGAGUGAAAACUGUGAAUUAAGAGUAGGCUUAAUAGAUUAAAACAUUGAAGCUUUUUUUAAAUUUUAAUUAAGAGAAUGUCACUAGUAUUACAGCCUCUUCGAAAUAUGAAUGUACUUUAUCCACAUAAUGCUGCAGAGAGAGAGUAGAAGAGUUUAAAUUCUGGCCGUUGUGGAGACCUGGUUGUUAAUGUGUUAAAUGUCACAUAUCCACCCAAGAAAGAACACUAUCUAAAUAGGAAGACGGAAUAGUUUUGUAUCCAGACAGACAGUAAAACUCACCAGUACAGAGUUAUAGAAUAGUGGAUCCCUGACCUCUAGGUCAACCAGUGGUUUCUAUCUGCAGUCUGUAUACCUCUAAAACUUCCCAAAGUAUACCUACACUGUAUUAAACAUCCAUUGAUAGAGGUACAGAAGACUGUAUGGGCACAGAGGAGUUGGGGUUUGAAUACUGAUGAACCUAUCUGAUUCACUCACUCAAACUCCAUUCCUACACUCCAUGUACUGGUAGGUUCAUUCUUGCAGACGAUAUGUAGGCCUAUGUGUUGGAUUCUUGCAGACGAUAUGUAGGCCUAUGUGUUGGAUUCUUGCAGACGAUAUGUAGACCUAUGUGUUGGAUUCUUGCAGACGAUAUGUAGGCCUAUGUGUUGGAUUCUUGCAGACGAUAUGUAGGCCUAUGUGUUGGAUUCUUGCAGACGAUAUGUAGGCCUAUGUGUUGGAUUCUUGCAGACGAUAUGGAGGCCUAUGUGUUGGAUUCUUGCAGACGAUAUGUAGGCCUAUGUGUUGGAUUCUUGCAGACGAUAUGUAGGCCUAUGUAUUGGAUUCUUGCAGACGAUAUGUAGGCCUAUGUAUUGGAUUCUUGCAGACGAUAUGUAGGCCUAUGUAUUGGAUUCUUGCAGACGAUAUGUAGGCCUAUGUAUUGGAUUCUUGCAGACGAUAUGUAGGACCUAUGUGUUGGAUUCUUGCAGACGAUAUGUAGGCCUAUGUGUUGGAUUCUUGCAGACGAUAUGUAGGCCUAUGUGUUGGAUUCUUGCAGACGAUAUGUAGGCCUAUGUGUUGGAUUCUUGCAGACGAUAUGUAGGCCUAUGUGUUGGAUUCUUGCAGACGAUAUGUAGGCCUAUGUGUUGGAUUCUUGCAGACGAUAUGUAGGCCUAUGUGUUGGAUUCUUGCAGACGAUAUGUAGGACCUAUGUGUUGGAUUCUUGCAGACGAUAUGUAGGGCUAUGUGUUGGAUUCUUGCAGACGAUAUGUAGGCCUAUGUGUUGGAUUCUUGCAGACGAUAUGGAGGCCUAUGUGUUGGAUUCUUGCAGACGAUAUGUAGGCCUAUGUGUUGGAUUCUUGCAGACGAUAUGUAGGCCUAUGUGUUGGAUGUCUUUGAUAACUCUCUAAAGGCUUUUUAAAGUUGAGUGGGUGUUAUGCAUGAAUCACAAUGGAAUGCUUUAGUUUUAUUUUUACCCCAAAGAACAUUGAUCCCAUGAACUUCCACAUGAUGCAGAUUUCUUUCUUUGAGAUGUGCAUAUUUCUGUGUGUUUGGUUGAUGCAAAAGAUUUCUCUCUUUCAGCUUGUUUCAUCUGUGGGAUUGUAAGAAGUUUCUACUAACUGUGUUUCAGAGAUGCACCUCUUGUCGAAAACAAAAUACACUAGUCAGUUUUUCAUUGAUUCAAGCUAUUGAUCAACUCAUAUUUUCAUAUCCAUGUCAUAUUUUUAUAUUCAUAAGGGGUUAUUUUUGAAACAAUUGUAUAUUUGAUCUAAUCAAAAACAUGAAUUAAUCUUUUGGAUUGAGCUUUCCUCAUAUUUUGUGCCUAAAUCAAGAAUAGUUAUAUGGUUUGAUUGUGUAAAUAAUGUAGUUUUUGUAAGGACUGCUCAAGUAACAUCAACAAAUGAUCAAUAAUAAACAGCUUCUCUACA